AUGCUCCCCUUCCCACCACUAUCCAUCGCGUCACCAACGACAAUAGACGUGUCCAUACUGAAACCAUUCUCGUUUCCCCUGCCUCUCCUGUCAAACGCGCCCCGUCUCAGUUAUCUUGAGCGCCAACAACCCGUAGUUCCCCUCCCUGGAGAAGAACCCGAGAGAUAUGAAAUGGCCCAGGAUCCUCACACCCCAACAAACGACGCGCCUUCAGCUUCCGCUCGCGCUUCUCAGCCUGCCGAUAAGGCUAUGCACGACUGGGCCCAUAAUUUUCGAGACAAGUUUAUCCAAGGGAUGUUGUGGCGAGAUGGACGAGGUAGACUGUCUAGCUCGUGCGGCUUGUGUGGUGGGAACUCUGAAGACGCGAUCUAUCGCUGUGAAGUCUGCUAUGGCGACUGCAUGCUCUGCCAAGAGUGUUGCGUCAAAACCCAUGCUACCAAUCCCACCCAUUUCAUUCAAAAAUGGACUGGCGUCUAUUUUAUUCGGACUAGUCUUCGUGACUUGGGGCUCCAAAUCCAUUUCGGCCACCCACUCGGGCAGUUGUGUCCUCUCCCCAGAAUAGGUCCCGCUGACUUCGUCAUUAUCGCCGACAACGGCAUCCACGAAGUCGCCAUUGACUUCUGUGGGCUGGCUAUUAUCCUGCGACGACAACAUCCCCUCGAACGUGCGCUACUUUUGCUUGCCUUGAUAGGUUUCAUUACUUGUCAUUGCGUGCCAAAAACGACUCCCUACGAUUUUUACUCGACACUGGAGUCAUUGACGGACGGCACGGGGAUCAAGCCCCCAGACCGUUAUUCAGUCUUCAUGCGAAUAUCUCGUCAAUAUCGACACCUCUUAUUGCUGAAGCGCAUGGGACGCGGUCAUGAUACCUAUGGGGUCAUGGGAACGGGGUCUGGAGAGCUUGCGCUCCGUUGUCCCGCUUGUCCGCGGCCUGGGGUCAACUUACCGGAAGGAUGGGAGAAUGCUCCCCCAGAAGACCAAUGCUUAUAUAUAAUGUUCAUUGCUAUAGACGCCUGUUUUCGCCUGAAGCGGCGGGCUAUUUCCAACGAGCUGCGAGACCCAGGUCUUGGGACUGGCUGGGCAUACAUGCUAGAAUGGCAACCUUAUCGUGAAUAUCUAUCGACAGUGACGGACCAACAGGAGAUGAGCACCUGUAGCGGGCUUGCGGCCCUUGACCACGCGAAUUCCAAAUUUUCGCGAGGUUAUAGUGUGACCGGUGUCGGCAUGGGUGUCUGUGCGCGGCAUGAGUUCGUGCUGCCCAAUGGAGUGGGUGAUUUGCAAGCGGGUGAGCGUUACAGCAACAUGGACUAUAUCUUUGCCUCUUUUAUGCGCCACUUGGAUUCCCGACUGCGCAAGCUGAUUUCGUAUGACAUCGUUUGUCAGUGGAUGAAAUAUCUACUCGAACGCUUGGCCAAAUUGCCCUCCAUGGUCCGAUUGUCGCUCGCACUGAUGAUGGUGCGCUUCGCCAUUCCGAAGAUGCACAUCAAAGGGCACUUGCUGUUGUGCCAGAUCUUUUUCUCUUUGCUCUUGAUCUUGGGUUCGGGUAUGACGGAUGGGGAGGGUAUCGAGCGUCCGUGGAGUAUGAUUGGUGGAAUCGCAGCAAGCACUCGAGUUUGUGGACCAGGGUCUCGAUGGGAUCAACUCGAUGACCAUUGGUCGUUUUGGAACUGGCUCAAGACCUUGGGACUAGCAUUACUCUUGCGACGCCGAAUGGAUCGAGCAAUAGAGGAGUGCGAGAAGCAAGAACAGGACUUCGAGACCCUGACUUUGGGUCAUGCAGAUCGGGCUCUUCAGUGGAAGCAACAGGUUGACGAGUUCGAGGCCGAUAACUCCAAGCCCAAUCCCUACGAAUCAAAGUCCGAGGGUAUGACUGAAAACGCUGUCCGCAAGAUGUUUGAAGAAGAAGAAGCGGAACAAGAGAAAGCUGGGCUAAUUCCCAUUCAUGAUGUUUCGCCCACGGAGUUUAUUGUCGCCUUAUUGGACGCUGAGGCCGACCAGCGCCGCAUUCGAGGAUUAGUCGAUUUGAAAAAGACGCGAGGAACAUCUGGAGGAAUCAGCCUUCGCCGACAGCGUCGGAAGCUUAACCGAGCCAUUAAGCGCUUGCGAACGCUACAAUCGACAUACACCCCCGCCGCCUUGCGAGCCUUGGAAGCACUCAAGCUUCCUCAAGACACUUUUGCCGAACGCGUCCCACUUCUUCCUCCUUCCGCGAUUUCACGACUGGAACGCGGUAACGGCGGUUGUCGCGAUGGACUAAUCGACAUUGAACGCGCGUUGCGAGAGGCUCAGUGCCGUUCUGCUUUGACAAGUCUUCAGCUUCAGCUACAUGUCAAAGCUCGACUCCUCACCUACAAGAGAAACAACUCGCGGGCCCAGGCGAUGAACACUCGUUCGCGAACACUUGUAGACCAGAAUGAGCGCAAAAUUCUACUCCAUUCAGAGAAGUAUCAAAAUGCUUGGCGCGCUUUGGUGGCACUGGAAGGAGACGAAAAGAGUGUGUCUUGGCGGAAGCUGGAGAAGGGUGAUAUCCGAUGUAUGGAGGAACCCGAGGAGGUGCAGCGGGAUUACCAGAAGCGUCAAAAGGCCGAGCGUGCCCAGAAAGCCCGCGACGCUGAACUGCUGCGAGCUGGUUUGCCAGUCUUGCCAACCAGCAUUUUUCCAAUGGACAACGAGGAUAUGGAGGCUGACGAGGACGAGGACGAGAUAGAGGGAAUAUCCAUCGACCGGUCGAAUCGUCAGGAUGUCGCAAGAGAAGCAAAUGCGUUCUUCAAGCACGGGGAGAGCCGUCGGCAUAUUUCCUGGAUAUGGAGCAACACAGCUGACACCUCCGAGGCUGUCGAAGAAGCGCUGCGAAUUGAGUGGGCCAAGUCGUAUGCUCGAAUGCGCAGGUGGAAAGAAGAAGUUCGCAUUCUUGCUGCCGAGGCAGGACGAAUACCUCUGUCGUUUGCUGCGGAAGAAAAUGCAUGGAUCGAGCGAGCAAAGAAGAUCAAUGUCAGCGAACUGGGGGGCGAACAAGCGGAAGGCGCGAUCGCUUACGCUACCAAGCACGCCGACCUGUAUCGCAACUUGGCACGACGAGCGGAGGCCACGAUGACAAGACCGAAGGUGGCCCGGGGCAAGAAGGGUCAGCGGGAGGUCUUUGAGAUCUAUACAGCUGUCGGUGCCGAUGUUAUGCUGGAUGAGCGGGUUGAUACGGAUGACGAAGAUGAGCAUGGGAAUGCUAGCGACGAAGACGAGGACUAUGCUUAG